UCGUAUUUUUCCGGCUUCCAGGGUCCUUUUUUAUUGCCUCCACACACUCACAUUUAGCUGUUAGCAUCCGCUUCUCUACUAUGUUCCGUGCAGUCCUCCGGCUCUCCGCCACAGGCGCCCGGACCUUGGCGACCCGGUUCCGACCUGGCCAUACAGCGCCGUUAGCUUCCAGAUGUUACUCGCAUGCCACAGUGGAGUCAGAUGAGGAGUUUGACGCCCGCUGGGUCACCUACUUCAACAAGCCCGACAUCGACAACUGGGAGCUGAAGAAAGGGAUGAACACUUUGAUCGGGUAUGACCUGGUACCCGAGGCCAAAAUCCUGGAUUCAGCUCUUAGGGCGUGCCGGAGACUCAACGACCUGGCCAGUGCCAUCCGCAUCCUGGAGGCUGUCAAGGAUAAAGCGGGCCCUCACAAAGACAUUUAUCCAUACUUGAUCCAAGAGCUGAAGCCCACGCUGGCGGAACUCGGCAUCUCCACGCCGGAGGAGCUCGGCAUUGACAAGAUUUAGCAGGCAAAGGUGCUUGGAGAGAUGAACUCUCCUAAAUUGUCUCCUGUUAAAAAUGUCUAUAGUGUCGAUCGAUUCCAUAUUGUCCUAUUAUGUAAAAAACGGUGGACUGGAUAAACAUAUACUGUCAGAACU